UUUGAUAUUCUGCUUUUAAAUAUACCGGUUCAGCACAAACCUUCAGGCUUAAAUAAAUUGUGGGUGGCUAACAUAAACCGACGGGUUAAAACUGUAAAAUCGUUGCCAAUAAUAUGGUUUGAAGAGCACAUCGACUUGGUGUAAUAUACGCGGGUGCGUCUGGUUUUGUCUUGCUAUAUCUUGAGUAGUAACGGAACAGUUUAGUAAAUGUGCUAUAAUGCCCGUACACAGCCAAAUGUAAUCAACUUCAGCUGUCAUUCAAAAACUAGAAAACGCGUAUUAACUUGAACUUGUAGUUAUAUAAACGUCAGGUAUAAUACCAGCUCGUAAAUGUGGUUUCGUCUAUUUUCUGUCAAGGCUAUCACUCCCUGUCUGACUGGGCGGUGCAUGAAGUAAGGAUUCUGAUUGAAACUGGAUGCCACUCAUUUUAAAUUCUGUUAGUAGUAGUGUUGACAUGAUCAUUAUUAAGUGAUGUCCAGCUUUCAUUUGUUAUUUACUUUUGACGUUAACUUCGUAACUCCCUAAUAAACGGUACAGGAUAUGUAAUGCAGAGCGAAGUUCGGUGAGAAUAUAGGGCACCUUUAUCUAGACUUGAAUGGAUGUGGGAGGGCAUUGUAGGGUCCGAGACCAUGAUUGACAUAAUGAAUUCCCACUGAGAUUACUUUGCGAAGUUCCGCCGCUCAAGUCUCAAGUCCACGCCUUUUCACGUUAAACGACAGAACAAGAAACGACCAAUAAGAAGACAGGCUUUGUUGACAAGCAGUUGAAUUAACCAAUGGUUGUGGCGAAUUUGGUUGACAGAGGGUGGAGUUUUAGUCACCAACGGAGGUUGGUGUCGUCUGACCGGAUGAUAGAAGUUUUGUUUAGUGAGUUUUUUUUAUUAUCCGUUUGAUUGAGUGAUCGGUCUUGUUUAGCGCUACCGGUAACGACUUGUUAAACCCUUAUAUUUAUUUCAAGUAACUCUUUCCGUUGACUUCAUCUGUCUUUUUUUAAAUAGAGAAGUCAAAUAGUUUGUAGGGCGAAACUCAAGCCUUCAAAGUAACACGAGUACUUAGCUUGCUAGCCGGUUUGCUACGCGACAGACAAGGCGAGCCCAGCGCAGCAAUGGGGAACCGGGGGAUGGAGGAUUUGAUUCCCCUCGUAAAUAAACUUCAGGACGCUUUCAGCUCCAUCGGCCAGAGCUGUAACCUGGACUUGCCGCAGAUCGCCGUGGUCGGCGGUCAGAGUGCCGGAAAGAGCUCGGUUUUGGAGAAUUUCGUCGGCAGGGACUUCCUUCCUCGAGGUUCAGGCAUCGUCACCCGCAGGCCCCUCAUCCUCCAGCUGGUCAACAACAAAGCAGAAUAUGCCGAAUUUCUGCACUGUAAAGGGCGCAAGUUUGUGGACUUCGAUGAGGUUCGGCUGGAGAUCGAGGCUGAGACGGACAGGAUCACGGGCUCCAAUAAGGGCAUCUCCCCCAUCCCCAUCAACUUGAGGGUCUACUCCCCGCAUGUGCUAAACCUCACGCUGAUCGACCUGCCCGGCAUGACUAAGGUGGCGGUUGGGGACCAGCCUCCAGAUAUUGAGCACCAGAUCAGGGAGAUGUUGCUGCAGUUCAUCACCAAGGAAAGCUGCCUGAUCCUGGCUGUCACGCCGGCCAACACUGACCUCGCUAACUCCGACGCGCUCAAAAUCGCCAAGGAGGUCGACCCCCAGGGGCUGCGCACCAUCGGCGUCAUCACCAAGCUGGACCUGAUGGACGAAGGGACAGAUGCCAAGGAGAUCCUGGAGAACAAGCUGCUGCCUCUGCGCAGGGGCUACAUUGGAGUGGUGAACCGUAGUCAGAAAGAUAUUGACGGGAAGAAGGACAUUCGUGUUGCUCUGGCAGCUGAGAGGAAGUUCUUUCUGUCACACCCGGCUUACAGGCACAUUGCGGAACGCAUGGGCACCCCCUACCUGCAGAAGACACUCAACCAGCAACUGACCAACCACAUCCGCGACACGCUGCCGGGUCUGCGCAACAAGCUGCAGAGCCAGCUGCUCUCCCUGGAGAAGGAGGUGGAGGAGUACAAGAACUUCCGGCCCGACGACCCCACGCGCAAGACCAAGGCUCUGCUGCAAAUGGUGCAGCAGUUCGGAGUGGACUUCGAGAAGCGGAUAGAGGGCUCUGGAAACCAGGUGGACACAGUGGAGCUGUCAGGCGGAGCCAGGAUCAACCGCAUCUUCCACGAGCGCUUCCCGUUUGAGCUGGUUAAGAUCGUGUUUGAUGAGAAGGAGCUGAGGCGAGAGAUCAGCCAUGCUAUCAAGAACGUCCACGGUGUGAGAACGGGCCUGUUCACUCCAGACAUGGCGUUCGAGGUCAUCGUGAAAAGGCAGAUUAUUAAGCUGAAGGAACCCUGCCUGAAGUGUAUCGACCUGGUUGUUCAAGAGCUCGUCAGCACAGUCAGGCAGUGCACUGACAAGCUGGGCAGUUACCCCCGAUUGAGAGAGGAGACGGAGAGGAUCGUGAGCACAUACAUCCGAGAGAGAGAAGGCAAGACCAAGGACCAGGUUCUGCUACUAAUUGACAUUGAACUAUCCUACAUCAACACCAACCAUGAAGACUUCAUUGGUUUUGCCAACGCCCAGCAGAGGAGCACGCACGUGAACAAGAAGAGGGCCAUCCCCAACCAGGGUGAGAUUUUGGUGAUCAGGAAAGGUUGGCUCACCAUCAACAUCAGCAUCAUGAAGGGAGGCUCCAAGGAGUACUGGUUUGUGCUGACUGCCGAGUCGCUGUCCUGGUACAAGGAUGAGGAGGAGAAGGAGAAGAAGUAUAUGCUCCCUCUGGAUAACCUGAAGCUCAGGGAUGUGGAGAAGGGCUUCAUGUCCAACAAGCACACGUUCGCAAUCUUCAACACGGAACAAAGGAACGUGUAUAAGGACCUGCGUCAGAUCGAGCUCUCUUGCGCGUCCCAGGAGGAUGUGGACAGUUGGAAAGCCUCUUUUCUCAGAGCUGGCGUGUACCCCGAGAAGGACCAGCCAGAAAACGAGGAGGCUGCAGUCGACACCCUGUCCAUGGACCCUCAGCUGGAGCGACAGGUGGAGACCAUUCGCAACCUGGUGGACUCCUACAGCGGCAUUGUCAACAAGACCAUCCGGGACCUCCUUCCGAAGACCAUCAUGCACACCAUGAUCAACAGCGCGAAGGACUUCAUCCACUCGGAGUUGCUGGCCUACCUGUACUCAUCGGGCGACCAGAACACGCUGAUGGAGGAGUCGGCCGACCAGGCGCAGAAGCGCGACGAGAUGCUACGCAUGUACCACGCCCUGAAUGAGGCGCUGCAGAUCAUCGGGGACAUCACCACCACCACAGUGUCCUCACCCGUGCCGCCGCCCGUCAACGACAACUGGAUCCAGAGGGACCCCAGUCCUACCUCCCAGCGCAGACCGAUGGCAGCGGCCCCCCCUCCCAGCCGGCCCCCUGCAGUGAGGGGUCCCACCCCAGGUCCUCCUCUGAACCCCUCUCCAGCAUUCGGGGCACCGCCCAUCCCCUCCCGCCCGGGGCAGCCCAUCAAUGCCUAUGGCAACCAGGACCCAUUCACUGCCCCCCCUCUGAUCCCGUCCCGGCCUGCUCGCGUGCCCCCCACCCUGCCCCCCGGCAUCCCCAGCCGGAGACCCCCUGGCGCCCCCCUUCGGCCCACCAUAAUCCGCCCCUCCGAGCCGUCCUUACUAGACUAGGCCCCAGGGCCUGAGGGUGGGGCUGGGGUGCCGAGAGAGGGCCAGACGGGACGGCGGCUGUGAACGCGGGCGCGUAAACGUGCAUGCACACAAACACGCACGCAAACAGUCGCUGUGCCGCGUGUCGUCUUCAGGGUUACGGACGACCUCCUUGUGCAGAAAUGUACAGAAUUACAGAUUGUCUUUGCAGCAUAACAGUUAUGCCCCCCCCAUUUAUUCCCACUUCUGUCUGAUCUGUAUAAAAAGAUACAUUAGCCAUUUAUGCCCGCCCCCACUGAUUUUUCUAACUCAAGUCAUACUGGAAAUCACUGUUAUUGUGUCUGUUUUCCCUCCUCCUUUUGUAUUUCAGGAAGUAUGUACUUUUACAAUGUUGUAUUUAGCUUUAAGGUCUAAUAAUUGCAUUGUAAUACAGGGGAAGCUCACCCCUGCCCCUCCCCUAAUCACGCAACCUAUAAGAAUACAAUACGACCAAUCAGAGAGCAGGUGAGCCGGGGGGUGUAGACCAGUCAGAAGCUCUGACUGAACUGCAGCUGAAAAUGAGUCGUCAUACUUGGCAUUAUAUCCUAAAGCAAUUUAUACAGUCGAGGCAAAAAAGACUAACAUUUGUAGCACAGGAGUGACUAAAAUAAGUGGUGCUUCAGCACAGUGACGUUAUUGUUUUGGUGUAUUAAGCAGCCCCCCCCCUCCCUGUACAAACGGUGUGUUCCCCUUGCAAACUUAACAGGCAACAGAAAGUUCCAGAUUGUUUAAUGGCUGUGGAACCUGGAGCCUGUGAAGCAUAAACAUAACAUGGUUUAAAAAAAAAGAAAAAAAAAAGAAAAAAAAACAACUAACCGUUUUUUGCGUGUUCUGGGCACCUCAUUGCACUGAUAGGCGGGGGUGUAAAUCUUUUGAGAUGGGGGGGGGGGGGGGGACACUGCUUCACGGGAUGUCAGAGCCCUGACAGAAAGCGAAGUGACCAGGAACUUCAAAAUGGAUCCAAACCUGUUACCAGAAAGUGCCAGAAAGUUUUGGUGGCGUGAUUUUAAACGCAAUGUGGGGGGUGGGGCGAGGAUUAAAUUUUGGGUGGGGUGGGGGUGGAAACCACUCGUGAAAUGGCUACAUGGACCCGCUUGGUGGUCACGUUCCUGUGGAAAUGGAGAUGUUUGUAGCCCUUUGUGUUAUUUAUACCAAGGCUGGUUUAUUUUUGUCAAAAGCGGUUUUUAUCCUGAAUUCUGAGAGCUCUGUCCAGGUUCUCCACCUUUGUGAAGGCUAGUCACAGAGGCCACUGCGGCACCCCCACCCCCCCCCCCCCACCCCACCCCACCGACCCUCGAUUUAAAAACUCAUCGUAUCGCAGUCAUUCUUGGCAUUGGGGUCUCUACAGAUCUCUUGACCAUUUAUCCUGCACAAAUUUCACAGAAAACCAAAAGCCUUAUAAGCAGAAAAGGUCUGUCAGAUAUGUCUUAGGUAUGAUCAGUGAACAUCUGUAAUUCCUGAUAUUUUUUUUAAAAAAAUUCCCUUUUGUUCAUUUUGGGCUUUUUGGGAAGGUGGGAAUUCUGACAGACGUUCUGGAUGUUUUCUGUUUGAUUUGGUGGGUUGAGCCCGUGGGUGGGGAAGAUGGGCAAGGUCCGGAUGCUCUUUGGCUUGCUGUGCAUGUCCUGCUUCAGAAGAGACUGUGUAAAUACAGGUGCAGUCCUAUGGAAUUAGUUAGGGAUUUUCAAAGGGAGGUACUGGCAGAAAGCAACCCCCUCUCCGAGUGUGGGUGUGAUUUUGUUACACUUCUUUGCAGAUGGGCGUGAGGAGUUUAGGUUUUGCGGGCCGAUGAACUUCCUGUGAAGAUACGCAGACUCUGAGAGCAGGGUGAUGGCCGGCCUUGGCCAAAGUAUCAGAGGAUCUCGGCAUUACCGAGACAGCUGGCCGAAGGCUUUAUUUUUAUAUUUACGGCCGGUAAUUUCCUGCAGAAGUUCAUUCGAGAACCUUCCUGAAGGUAGAACGUGCAGAUACAUGCAGGUGGAGGUGGUGUGCGAGCUACCCAGCCCUCCCACUCGGAGAACCGGACACGCUUCCUGACUUAAGUGCCUCUCAUUCUGACUGGAACUGAAUAACGGAAUACAAAUAAUGAAUGAAAUGAGAGCAUUAAUAAAAAGCUAAUGUGUACAAUAAACGGAAUGGCUUCUGGUG